UUUUGUUUGUUUAGGCAUGGAAGCUCCACCAUUAUCGUCCGGUGACGGCGAAGCACAGUUACCAAGAAGAACCGGAGGCUGGAUCACCUUCCCCUUCAUCAUAGCAACAUCAACAUGUUUGACACUAGCAUUUGGAGGUUGGACAAGCAACCUAAUUGUGUAUCUCAAAAAAGAAUUUGAUGUGGAGAGUAUUGAUGCUGCUCAAAUAUCAAAUUUGGUUAAUGGUGCUGGAAGCUUAAUUCCUAUUCUUGCUGCAAUUAUUGCUGACUCUUUUCUUGGUUGCUUCUCUAUCAUCUGGCUUUCCUCCUUCAUCUCAUUAUUGGGUACAAUCCUUUUAGCUUUAACAGCAACGCUUGAUUCUCUAAGGCCUAAACCUUGUGAAGUUGGUUCAACUUCAUGUACCCCUAAACCAAAAGUUCAAUAUGUAGUACUCUAUGCAGCCAUUGUUCUGGCGACUCUGGGGAAUGGCGGUCUCCGAUCAACCCUUUCAACAAUGGGAGCCAACCAAUUUGAUAAACAAAAAGAUGAAGGAAUUUUCUUCAAUUGGUUCUUUUUCUUUACUUAUGGUGCAUCUGUAGUAGCAUCAACAGCUAUUGUGUAU